AUGCAGUGCCUAUUGCCGAUAUUCUGCUGGUGGUGUGCAGGUCCUACUAAGUCCCCUGAAGAUGACAUUGGCACUUCACCUGGCUAUAAACUCGCGUCCAAAAUGAUUAGGGAUCAUCAACUUCUCGGUGGAUCUAUGUCAGGACCCAUAGAGUUUACUUGCGGCAACUGGGUAAAAAAUAAUCCGAUUCCCUGUCAUCACAUGACUUUUUCUCAAUAUAUAAAACUUGGAGAUAAAGUGGAAAAGGAACUAAGAGAAGAUGGCAACCUCUCCACAAACAGAAAGAAGACUGAAAAGGAUGUAGACAAAGUCAUUGAAUUAAAAACAGAUAUAGCAAAGAUUCGCGGUGGGGCUUCCAAUGAGUACAAUUUGCGUCGCUUCGGAAACUUGAGAAAACACAUGCCACUGAUUGACUGGGACCGGUUUUUCCUCGAAGUCGCUCCACCUGCUGCCCACUCUUACUUCAAAUCAGAUCCACUAAUUCUCGUUCGACAAUCCGAUUAUUUGAAAAGAUUGAACGAACUCUUGAAAUAUAAGGACCCUCGCAUCAUCACAAACUACGUUUUCUUACGGUUUUCUUCAAUACUACCAAAGGAAAUGGGAGGAAGAUACGAGGACGUCACUCAGGAUUAUAUGCGCGCGAUGUAUGGAAGACAAGAGAAAGCACCGCGGUGGAAGGAAUGUACCAAAAGCACUAAGGAUCUAUCGAAAUACGCAACCAGUGCAAUGUACAUAAGGAAAGCAUUCGACAAGAAAGCUUUGUACAAGGCAGAGAAAAUGCUGCGUCUGGUAGCAUAUCCCGACUUUAUUCUAGAUGACAAGAAGCUUGACGAACAAUAUGAAGGCCUGAAUAUUGAUGACAAUGAUUCGUACGCUAAACUGAUGGAAAAGGUGGCUCGGUUUGGCAUUAAAUACAUCUUCAAACGAUUGACGGAACCAGUAGAUCGCUCUGAGUAUGAUUUCAACCCAGCUGCAGUGAACGUUACUACUUUACGCUAG